UUUAUUAUAAUCAAUAUUGUUGAAAUAAAUCAACCAAAAUAAUUGUGUUUUUUGUGUGAUGCAAUGUUUAUGUGAUGCGGCAAUAGCCUCGCUAUAUUCUUGUUCAUUUUUAAUAAGCGAAGCUUGGCUUUGUCACGUGGGUGUGCUCUGUGCUGUUUUUUUUUAGGGGUAAAAAAAGCAGCUGUGAAUUACGUGGAAAUGAGGAGAAUUGUAAGUUUUUAUUAUUCUGAAACACAGACAUCAGACAUGAAUAUUGAUGAUUAAAAGAAGACAAGAUACAAGAUACCGCAAAAACGAACGUAGCAUAUAUUAUGUUGUGAUUAAAGUGGAAUAUUAAAUUUGUGAAUAUUGUGUGAAAUUAAAUAAAAAAAUAAAUAAAUGUGAAAUAAUUAGCUAAAAUAAAAAAUUGUGUACAAAGUGAAGUUCUGUUUCGAAUGCGAUCACAAGGGAAACGUUAGAGUGUCACUAGAUGAAUGGGACUGCGAGCUGCCUCGGUGAGGCAUUCCGAUGCAACUGUCAUGGCACCAGCCUUGACAGAAGCAAAUCAAACCGACAAUUUUAAAUUAGAAAAAAGUUCACAUUUACAAACAGCCGUGAAUGGCCAUACUAGAAAUGGUGGCUGUUCACCGCUUGUGGAGGAACAACGUCUCAUGUGUAAAGAACUUGUUGAGUCAAUGGUGACAAAGAGUCACACGAGCGAUAUAAACAAUGCAAAUAAUAUUAUUGGUGAUGCGUUAGAUAACCUAAAUACUUUAGCUUUUGUGUCGGAAAUAGUUAAAGUUAACGGGCAAGUGAAUCCAGUGGCCGGCACCGCUGCCUCGGACAUGAACAAUCACCAAUCUAUGGAUGAUCAGCCGGACACAAUGGGCCUUCAAAAUAUGGAUCAGAAGGAGAUGUCAUCUCCAAUAUUAAAAGAGAAACAGCAAGCUUCGGCUACGUCAAAUGUUAACGAUGUAGAUGAACAAUUAUUAAUGAUAGCAACAGGAAGUGAUUUAGGAACGAAUGUUGAAGAUUUUAUGCAAGUAUUGAAGAAUAUUGAAGCAGUGGGGGCGGGAGGCUCAGGUCAAUCGGGAGCCGAUAACAGUGGGGAUCCUGAGAUUGCGUUUCCGAUUUCUACAGUGAAUUUAACGAGUUUUUGUCAAAAUUUGUUAAAUGAUGUGGAUGUUUUAAGUUAUGAAGAAGCAACUGAGGAGCAAAUGGUUGUAGAUCAAGAUUCAAUUGUGGAUACAAAAGAGGCAGCAACUCAAGAGAAAUUAGAAGAAUUAAAACGUACUCAAACAAAAUUAGAGCGACGUUAUGAAUUCUUAUUACGCAGAUUACAAAAAAUCCAAGCACGUGAGAUGGGGCAACAUGUUAGUGGGGAAGUUGCUGGUCUUUUUGAAUUAACACAUCGACAAAUAAAACGUGCAAAGGAACGUCCUCCACUAGAAAUAAAACAAGAGACCGUGGACGAUUCAUCGAUGCAAACUGUUCAAUCGUUAGAUUUACCAUCAACAAGUAGCACUAUUUGGCCUCCACCAAUUGAUAACUCAAAUAAAAUAGUCACACUCGAAAAACUAAAAGGUUUAACAACGCCAUCUAUGAAGAAUUUAGUUCAUAAGCUAGAAAAAACGAAAAUGAUGCAAUCGAGUGCGUUGUAUCGCAACAAAAUUGUACCGAAAUAUUUUGGAGCUGGAUCAAUUGAAACAUCUUCUAGUGUGAGUAAUAUUUGUAGAAAUAAUUGUGUUGCUGUGCCACCAAAUGGUACUGAAACGAAACAAGAAUUAGAACGAGUUGCUGGCCUACUUGAGACUGAAAUUGGGAUUAUACAACAUCAAGUUGAUUCAGAUGCAACCGCUAGCAGUUCGGGCGCAGAAAGUUGUGAUGAAAUGCAAACAUUUAAUAAUCCACAUCAGCAGUACUGUACCAUAGCAAAGAGAGCAUCUUGGAAGUUUGCGCAAGAGCGAGCUGCAAUUGCAAGUAGAUGGACAUGGAUACAAUGGCAAAUAUCUGAUUUAGAAUAUCGAAUACGGCAAUUAAAUGAAUUACAUAAACAAAUUCGAAAUUCUAAAGGUCCGGUAGUAUUUGGUAAUAUACCAAGAACACCAACUAGUGUUACAAAUUCACCAGGUUCAGUAAAUGGAUAUCGUGGUGUACUACCUGGUGCUACCAAAACAAAUAACAUUGUUGAUGACACAUUAUGGUUACAUAAUGGUAAUGAUAAUAUGUCAACAAAUAGUAGUUCUAGUUCAAAUUCAAAUACCGGAAAUAACAAUACCGGAAAUAAUAGUGCAUGUUCAAGAACGAAACCGUUUGUGAAAAGUGUUUUCAGAAAUCGUAGAUUAUUGCAAACGACUGGUUUGCAUGUGAUCUCGAAGAAGUGGCGUCCAUCUAGUGUACGUUGUAAUUGUGUACCGGGUAUGCCGCCAUGUGCAUUAUGUACAGGACGGGCAGAUCCAACAUAUCCGAAAGAAUCCAGAGAUUUAUUAACAGUACAACAACAAAUUGGAUAUUUAGACGCUGGAUACCAUCCAAAAAUUUCAUUCCCUGAAGAUGUGAACCAAAGUCUCCAUUAUGACGCCUUACUAAAAAUGCCUGAAUGGCAACAAAAAACUGCACGAAGUAUGACAAAGGCAUUAAAAUUGGCUGUGAAACAAGAAAGGCUGGAUAAAGGUGAUUUAAGGACGGAUAGACGACUAAAAAAACCCGAAUAUCGCAGAAAGUAUAAUAAACUUCUUAAAGCAAGUACAGCAAGUGCACUUUCUGCAAAAAUAAAAAAUAGAUUGGCGCGAGGUCGAAAACCGAAUCGUAAUAAAACGCAAGCGCAACUAUUGGCACGGUUAAAUAGAAAAAAGCCAGCGGAAGUGGCAUUAGCACAAUUACAAGCAUUAUCUGGUAAUGAUAUUGAUGCGAAUGAAUUGGAUGAGUAUGAUAAUGUAACGGCGGCAUCGGGUAGUAAGCAUCCUUCACCGGCUGCAUCACCGCCACCAUAUUCAUCAGAACGACUGUCAUUCAAUCGAGAAUAUCGAAGAAAUCGCAUCGAUUCAUAUGAUAUUGAUAAUAUUGUAAUACCGUAUAGUGUUGCUGCGUCUACACGUGUUGAAAAAUUGCCUUACAAAGAAAUAUUAACACCAAAGUGGCGAGUGGUAGACAUAGAGCCAAAUUCUGAAACGAUUGAAAGCAAUAGCAUUCUUGUGACAGAAAACCAAGAAAAUGAGGAGGAAGAUAUUAGUGAUGAAGUUAUGUUAACACGCCAUGAAAAAUGUGAGAUCGAAGAACGUAAGAAGUUUAUGAGCUACAUCAAGUUUCCAUUAACUGGUCCUAGAUCACGAGCAAAUCGUCGUACUGAUAGUCGAGCCGAAUCAAGUGGAGCAAAUACACCCGAUCCAAUGUCACCACAUACUGGAGAAAUUGGCGAAACAUCAAAUUCACCAUUAACAUCACCGCCAGCGACACCUAUGAGCACAAGUAAUGUAGAUGAUUUAAUAUUAAAUCAUUCAAUUGGCACGUUAAGACGACGCACAGCAUCACAGUCAAAAUGGGCGCGUGAACGUGAAACUCGUGAGGAUUUGCGUUGUAUAACACCCGAUCAUGUUGAAGUACCACCAUAUGAAAAUCGUGAUUUUCCUUUAUCUGAUACUGUGUAUGAAAAAAUGUUGGGAGCUAUGCCAGAAGGCCAUCCGUGUCGACUAGAGCUUAGAACCAAUGAAGAUGAUGAUGAUGAUUAUCCCUCACCGUCAGUAUAUCCCCCACCACCGGUUCCAAUGGAUUCGGAAACAUCAACUGAUUCAAUAUUAGGUGAAGAAGAUCCUAAUGAUCCUGAAUGGAUGGUUGUAAAAAGAAUUCGGGAUAGACCAAAAAGAUAAAUUAGAGAUAUUUUGUGUGAUUUUGUUUUAUUAGUGAAAAUAAAUAUGAUUGUGUUGUUUUUGUGACAAGUAGCUCAAAAUUUGAGCAAAGUGUAUUAUUAUUUAACUACAAUUACACUAUAUACAGUUAAACAUUAAUUAUUAUCCCUGUAAAAUAAACAAACAAAAA